CCCUAUUUAUAUAUCUGUAGGCUGUAGCAAAAAUCCAAGAUAGUCUCCAAAUCCGCGAUUCCCAAUUAUUUCGCCCUAAUUUAAACAACCUCUCUCACAAAUGGCAUCCGCCUCGGAGAACUCCGGCAAGAAGAUCACACUCCGAAGCUCCGAUGGCGAGGUGUUUGAGGUGGACGAGGCGGUAGCCGUGGAGUCUCAAACGAUCAAGCACAUGAUCGAGGAUGACUGCGUCGACAACAUCAUUCCAAUCCCCAACGUCACCGGAAAAAUUCUCUCCAAGGUCAUCGAGUACUGUAAAAAGCACGUCGAUGCCUCUGCUUCAACCAAGUCCGAGGACAAGGUCUCCUCCUCUGACGACGAACUCAAGAUUUUCGACGCCGACUUCGUCAAAGUCGAUCAGGCCACGCUGUUCGACCUUAUUUUGGCUGCGAACUAUCUGAAUAUCAAAAGCCUUUUGGAUUUGACUUGCCAAACAGUUGCUGACAUGAUUAAGGGAAAAACUCCAGAGGAGAUUAGGAAAACAUUCAACAUCAAGAAUGAUUUUACUCCUGAAGAAGAAGAAGAUGUCCGGAGAGAGAACCAAUGGGCUUUCGAGUAGAAGUAAAGCUAUUUUGGAUUGUGAAUUAAAUGCCAUUUGCUGCGUAUGGCUUAUUUUGUUAAUAUUUGAACCGAAUAUGAUAUUAGGUUUGGAUUCCUACGAAUGACUCCAACUUUGUGAUUGGGUAUAUCUAUUUUACUUUUAGUGCAAAA